CCUGUCCCGGGGCCCUACCCGAGCCCCGCUGCCCCGGGGAACGCCACACAAGCCUGCGCCGCGCCUUCCUCAUCGCCUUGGGCCUUGCGCGGGGCUUGCGGGCGGCGCAUGCCCGAGCCUUUCCCGCCCGCCGUGCCCGGCACCGGGCACCGGCCGCGCCAGCUCCCCUAUGACCCUGGCACCGUGCAUCUUGCUGGGCCAUCCCACCCCGACCCACACGGCUCCGGGGGUGGGCCCCCGGCCAUUAACAUGGCAACGCCUGUAGGGCCGAACAGCUUUGCGGGGCCCUGAGGCGGCUGCCCGGUGCCCGCUGGCGCCGGGGCCGCCCUGCUCCGGGCUCUCCGGGGCGGCCGGCCCUCGCCCCGGUGGAUCCCGUCCCGGUGGAUCCCGGGCUCCUGCCGUGCGGGGGCCGGGGCGGAGCCGGCAGGGGGCGCCCUUCCCGGGAGCGCGGGCCCCGCCCGGCUUCCGUACCCUCCUGCUGUCGCCAUGGAGACCGGCCCGGGAGACGGGGAUGCGGGAGCCCGCGCGGAGAUGGAUGGACAGGGCCCGGGCCCGAGUAUCACGGAAGAGUUCAAGAGAAUAGAUUACAGCAAAUGGCAGAAGGCAGAAGCAGAGGAGAGGAAAUCUCCAGCCCACAGGCUGACUUUGCCACUGCUCACCAGUGAGGACAAGAAGAAGAAAGGGGAGAAGAACAAGCCAGUUGCAUUUAUGCUGAGUAAAAAACCACCGUUGCCUUCAGAGACAUCAUCAUCCCAAGAGAAAUACAGAAGUUUUACUCAGAGGAAAUUAGCGCUCAAGAAGGCUGAAUUAGCUAAAACCUUGGAAGAGAUCAAAAUUACCACAAAUCUGACCAAUCUGAAGAAAAAUGCUGUCGAGGAGCUGAAGCAGCGCAGUGCCCACCUGGCAGAGACCAACUGCCGGCUGAUGAAGGACAUCCAGCACACUGAUGACAGCACUGCCAAGAAAGCCAGGAGCCUGCUGCAGCGGUAUGAAGUAUUUCAGAGGGUGAAGGCAAUCGUGCAGACCUUCAAUCAGAACCAGCUGGAUACAGCAAGGGCAGAGCUCCAGGAAACGGAAAAAACAAUGGAGAAGAAUCUGGGAAAGCUACAGCAGCAGCUGGAUGAAGUCACAUCAAAGGUACAGGUUCUCCAGGAUGAGCUCAGUGUCCUGCGCACCUACAUCGACGGGCAGUAUCCGGAACAAGCUGUCCAGAUAGCCCUUCUGCAGCGCAGCAUCCAGAAACUGAAGGAGCAACAGCAGGAGGAGAUAGACAAGACAGAAGAAAUGGGGAAGGCCAUCUUGGAGGAACUGGAAGAGAAGGCACGGGCAGAACAAGAAGCAUUAUUACAGAAAGUCGUGGAGGAGAUGUUGCUGCACCAGGACGGCCUGAAGCAGAUGGUGAAAAACAACCACAUUCUGCGAUGUGAAAUACUGAGGCAAAGGGAGAUUAUUAAGGACCUGGAGGAGGAGAUUUGUGAGCUGAAGAGAAGCAUCCAGACGCUCCGUCAGAGUGCAAGAGACCCAAGAGAGCUGAUCUUUGCUGAUGUUCUUCUCCACAGACCAAAAUGCAUGCCGGAUACCGAGGUGGUCCUCAGCCUCCCUGCCAAGGAGACACCGCUCAUCUGACACUUGGCCAGGCUCUGCUCGCAGGCCCCUCACCCAGCACACGGUGUGGCUGGGCUUGGAUGAGGUGCCGAGCUGCGAAGCCCCCUCCUUUGCCGUUGGCACUUCUCCAUCCCAGCCCCGCUCAACCGCCUUGGGGACUCGCUGAUGUGGGUUUUAUGGUACAAUAAAGGUGUUACCAUCA